AUGUCUUAUCAGAAAGACAUCGUAAGAACCACAGGAGUAGUGGCUGUGAAAACCACCUUUCUUUUACAGAUUGGAGUUGGGACUCUGGCCAAUGUCAUUCUCUUUUUCUAUAAUGUCUCUCCAAUCUUGCUUGGCCACAAGCACAGGCCCACACACAUGAUUCUCACCCACAUGGCCAUGGCCAAUUUCUUGUUUCUUCUCUCCACUGGAAUUCCCCACACAAAAGCAGCUUUUCUUUUGAGAAAUCCCCUGUCCAGUCUUGGGUGUAAAUUUGCAUAUUACAUACACAGAGUGGCUCGCAACACCACUGUGUGCUCCACUUCUGUCCUAAGCACCUAUCAGUUCUUCACAAUCAUCCCAGGGAGAGUGGAGAGGAUGAUGCUCAGAGGAAGAGCCCCCAAGGUCAUUGGCCCUUCCUGUUGUACCUGCUGGAUGUUUAGUUUCUUAAUGAAUAUCUAUGUUCCUGUGGUUGUCAUUGGUCCACAGGACACAGAAAAUGAUACUAACGUCCAAGGGGAAUGGUUCUGUCCAUCCUCAAGUUCCACUGCACGGAUUAUCAUCUUGUUGUCCAUCUCUGAUGCCAUGUUUAUUGGUCUCAUCAUCUGGUCCAGUGGCUCCAUGGUGCUUCUCCUGCACAGACACCACCAGAGAGCGCAGCAUAUUCACACACUCAACAGCUACCACAAAUGCCCUCCAGAGACCAGAGCCGCCCACACCAUCUUGAUGCUGGUGGCCACUUUUGUCAUCCCUUACACGCUGAAUUCCAUUUUUACUUUUUACAUCACUGCCUUUUUGGAUACUCGUCUAUGGUUGAUGCAAAUUUCUCAUAUUUUGGCUAUGUGUUUCCCCACUUUUAGCCCCUUGUUCUUGAUCCUUAGGUAUCCUAGAGCUCCUUGUUUCUGCUCUUGA